AUGACCGUGCGUGAGGCGCUCAACUCUGCAAUGGAAGAGGAGAUGCUCCGAGAUGAGAACGUCUACGUCCUUGGGGAGGAAGUUGCGCGGUACAACGGUGCAUACAAGGUCACCAAGGGUCUCCUUGACAAGUUCGGCGAGAAGCGUGUCGUUGAUACCCCCAUUACUGAGAUGGGUUUCGCUGGUAUCGCCAUCGGCUCUGCGUUCGCUGGCCUCCGCCCAGUCUGCGAGUUCAUGACCUUCAACUUCGCGAUGCAAGCCAUUGACCAGAUUGUCAACUCUGCUGCCAAGACCCACUACAUGUCUGGCGGUGUCCUCCCUUGUCCCAUCGUCUUCCGUGGUCCCAACGGUGCCGCUGCUGGUGUUGCCGCGCAGCACUCACAGGACUACGCCUCGUGGUACGGCCAGAUUCCCGGUCUCAAGGUUGUCAGCCCAUGGAGUGCAGAGGACUGCAAGGGACUGCUCAAGGCUGCCAUCCGUGACCCCAACCCUGUCGUCGUCCUCGAGAACGAGUUGAUGUACGGCGUCUCCUUCCCAAUGUCCGCGGAAGCCAUGUCGGACGACUUCCUCCUUCCCAUCGGCAAAGCGAAGGUCGAGCGUGAGGGUAGUGAUGUCACCAUCGUUGCUCACAGUAAGAUGGUCACGCACUCGCUCGAGGCUGCGGAGGAGCUCGCGAAGGAGGGUAUCAAGGCCGAGGUCAUCAACCUCCGGUCCAUCCGUCCUCUCGACAUUGGGACCAUCAAGGCCUCGCUCAAGAAGACGAACCGCCUUGUCGUCGUCGAGGGUGGAUUCCCUGCUUUCGGUGUUGGCAGCGAGAUCUGUGCCCAGGUCGUCGAGAGCGAGGCCUUCGACUACCUUGACGCGCCUGUUGAGCGUGUUACUGGUGCUGAUGUUCCCACUCCCUAUGCUCCCAACCUGGAGGCUCUGACCUUCCCCGACACGUCGACGAUCUUGACGGCGGUGAAGCGUGCUCUCUACCGCAGCAACUGA